AUGGAAGGUGGUAAUCGACAACCGUGCGGAUUGUCCAUGGCAGGGUAUAAGAACGUAGCAAACAAAUUUCUAGAGAAAAUCGGCCUACUACAUUCAGCCAAACAAAUGAAAAACAAGUUUGACAACUUGAAAAAAGAUUGGGUCGCCUGGAAGAAGUUGGAGAAUGCCAGCCACGGCUUCACAGGGCUUGGGUACGACCAUGAGACAGGCUUGAUCACUGCACCUGACCAUUGGUGGGCGAAAAUGCAAGCUAUGAACAGCCGAUGUGCUAAAUUCAGGACUAAGCCGCUGGAGCACGUGGAUCUCAUGGAGCGGGUGUACUCUGGCGCAACAGCGACUGGGAAACAUGCAUGGACUCCAACAGAAAUGCAAGAUGAUGCUGCUGCUGCGACCAAUGCCAUGGACGUGGAUAGCGGGAUGGGACCUCUCAGUGCUGACACACCACCACAACGGGGCCAUGACACUGUCGGGGAGAAUGUGGUUGAUAGUAGCCUAUUUGAGGAUGCUCCCCCCCAGUCAGCCGUGGACGGAUCAGCCAAUCCAAAACGGCGCAAGCGAGCAACGCCUGGUGCUGUUGCUAGCAGCAUGGACAAUCUGGUGGAAGUUUUGAGCAAACAAAGUAGGGAGAUGAAAAUCACGCAGUACGUUGUCACGGGUAAAGGUGACAACACAGUGGGGGACUGUCUUGCACGGCUUAUGAGCACGCCUGGAUUAGAGCCAGGCGGUAAGUUGUUCUCAUUCGCAUGUGGUAUAAUGGAUUCACCCGAUAAUCGGGACAUCAUCAUGGCCCUCCCCAGAAUUACAUUGUCAACUGGUUGA